AUGUGGAAGCUGAAGAACAAACUGAGGCGAAAGUUUCGGUCUGCAAAGGUGCUCGACUGUAACAGCAACCGGGUCGAUUUCGAUGCGCUUUCGUUCGACUCCGAAACGGCACAACCGGAAUCGGAACAAUCCGAUACAUCGGGUCUGCUGCAACCAGGCCCAAGGACGGCCAAUCGAGUUGCCGGCCGACCAGCCAGUGGUACCAGCAGCAUUACGCAUUCCUCUUCCGUGGCCAAUAACAAUUGUUGCUAUAAUUAUAAUUUUCACAUCAAUUACAACGUGCACCAGCGACGGUUGCAACACGCGCAUCAUCAUCUGCACCACGAUGACACCGAGGAAACCGCGUUCGGCAGUACAAGCUGUAUGACGGGAACCGCGUCGGACAGUUCGGCUGAAACGACACGGAAAAAGCAACCGCCAGCCAAAGGUGGGUCGCGAAAGGUACGCCCAAUGUCCACCGGGGCAACCGAACGUCGCAGUGCUGAGUCCAGUGCAUCUUGGGAGCCGGCCAAAGGGAGCUCCGAACCGGAUGUCGAGAGCGAAGCAACACGCACGAAGACGGCACCCCGCUGUGCCUCAACCAGUGACCUUUCUUCGUACCACCGCGAACGGAAGCAGUCGGAACGGCGGAGAAGUGUGCGACCACGGUCCGCGGCACAGCGUGGUGCAAGGAGAUCGCGGGUAGAACCGGAGCCCGUGGAAGGUGAUCUGCAAACCACUCUCUGCCGGAAGCUGCAGUCCGUGGCGCUCGAUCCCACCGCUAGACCAUCGGGAGCGGCCAGCCAACCAACUGAGCUGACCGAUCACGAUCGGCGUAUUCUGCACUGUAUGGUGUUAAAGCGCCUUAAGGAACUCGAGCAGCUCGAUGAAGCCGUCCUGGCGCAGCAGUGCUGGGAACAGGAGAAGGUGUUCCGGCGCUCGCUGCUCGAUCAGCAGGAACGCAACUACCGCAAAGCGAUUCGCCAAAAGCGCACGAUCGAACAGAUCGAGAUCCGGAAUCGGCGCCAGCGGUUGGCUCGGCUCGAGCAGCAGCAAAUCGAGCGAAUACAGAACGAGAUCAGCGAAAAGGACAUCCGGUCGGCCAGUCUGCUGAAGAACAACGAAAUCAAGAAGGGCAUCCGGGAGUGUGAACGGCGUAGCCGUGAGCUGAAGCGACUCGAGGACGCGACCGACACGCACGAGGAGAAGGUGCUCGACCGGGACAUUUGGCGCCAAUCGCUGGAGGAGACGAUCGAGGAGCGGGCGGGGCGCGCCGAGGACCUGCGCCGGAAGGUGCUGGACGUGUACCGGCGCCGCUUGCAGAUCGACAAUCAGCUCGAGCGCAAACUGCACGCCCACAAUCUGCAGCAAACGAUCGAACAGGAGCGCUACAAGCUGUCGCUACUCCGGGAGCGCAUCCUGGUACGUGAAAGCCGCUUCCAGCAGUUCAAGGACAGUCGGAAGCGGAUCUUUGACCAGCUGCGAAACCGCGCUAAAACCACAGCGGCCUUGCGCGAUCUGGUGAAACACUCGAUCGGCCCGGGAUCGAGCGGAGCGCCACCGACCGGCAGCGCUCAGCCGAGCCGACCGGGAUCGGUCGUGCAGCUGUGCGGCUCCUCGGGCCGAUCCGGUGCCACAACAGGAACUGGUGCUGGCGGUGCCCUCACUCCCCACCGAUUGCUGGACGUUGUUCGGAUUAACUGA